AUGACUGCCUCCCCGGGAGAGCGUGCUCGCCUGCGCCACUACCCGGAGCUGCCGGUGUGGGUGGUGGAAGACCAUCAGGAGGUUCUGCCUUUUAUAUACCGGGCCAUAGGCUCCAAGCAUCUUCCCACCAGAGAUAUCAGCUUUUUACAUUUUGACUCCCAUCCGGACCUGCUCAUUCCUGUGAACAUGCCAGCAGACACCGUGUUUGAUAAGGACACACUUUUUGGGGAACUAAGUAUUGAGAACUGGAUUAUGCCUGCAGUGUAUGCUGGCCAUUUUUCCCAUGUUGUGUGGUUUCAUCCCACGUGGGCUCAGCAGAUGAGAGAGGGAACCCAUCACUUUUUAGUAGGCAAAGACACUUCUACCACCACAAUCAGGGUUACAAGUACAGAUCACUACUUCCUCAGUGAUGGCCUUUAUGUACCGGAAGAGCAGCUAGAGAACAAAAAACCUGUGCGAUUGGAUGUCAUCACGAUGGGCCCCGAUCCACACUGCAACAAACAAGAAGAAAGCGCUGCUGCCUGCUCGGCCAAGAAGCCCAAGCUCGCCCCGGAAGGCACAGAGAGCCCUGCCUCUGCUCAUGCUGGCUCUCACCCGGAGGCGCUCGGAACAGCCUCGGACACACAGAGAAGCCGCCCGUCUGGCCUGGAACUGUCCUGUGUGUGUUCUAAAAGUCAGGAAUGCCAGGCUGCCGUCAGCUCUCAGGAGAUUCUGGAAGUUUUAAAGAAAGGGGAUGGAUUUGUUUUAGAUAUUGACUUAGAUUUCUUUUCUGUUAAGAAUCCCUUCAAGGAUAUGUUCACUCAGGAGGAAUACAAAAUCUUACAAGAACUGUACAAUUUUGAAGGGCCUAGUGCCGACCUAUCGGAGGAAGAUCUGGUAGAUGUUGUUGAUGCUCGAAUUCACCAGUUAGAAGACUUAGAAGCUGCCUUCGCUGAUUUGUGUGAUGGUGAUGAUGAAGAAACUGUACAAAGAUGUGCUUCGAGAUCUGGAAUGAAAUCACUAGUUCCACUUGUACAAAGUUUAAAAAAACGGAUGGAAGUUCCUGACUACGAAAUGGUUCACCAGGCUGGGCUAACCUGUGAUUAUUCAGAGCUUCCGCACCAUAUCAGCACAGACCAAGAAAUAGAAUGUCUCAUUCAGUCUGCACAACAUUUCCUGAAAAGUCUACCCAAACCUACCCUUGUGACAAUUGCGAGGUCCAGUCUGGAUGACUACUGUCCUUCAGAGCAGGUGGACAGCAUUCAGGAGAAGGUGCUUGCCAUGCUGCGCUCGCUCUACGGCCCUCUGCACGUCCACCUGGAGUUCCCCACAGAGCCGGCUCCCUCCUGAAGCACACCAAAGGCAGGCUCUAGUUCCAUCUUGGUCCAGGAAUGGGGUUUUCCUUAACUUACUUGUAACCGAGUCUUCCAGAGAACAUUUUUUUAUAUUAAUUUUCAGUUGAAAUUGUUCAGGUAUUUGGAAUUUCCAAAUGUCAGCUGUUGAGUGCUGGCAGCUUUUUGGCCUCAGGUCGUCUUGCGCAUGGCAGAAGCCACUGCAUAGCUUACCUGCUUCCCAUCCAUUCUAUCAUUGUCCUUUAUGCUUUGGAUUAUUUUUUUGCCUUAUAUCCCUGGAUCAGCUAGACAAUGUGAGAUUGGUUGAUUCAUUCAUUCCACUAACUGAUAUUUAUUCAGCACUUUCACAUCAUAGGCAUAUUAAGGGCUUGGUGUGUGGUCAUGAGCAGAAUAGAUAAGGCCCCACUCCCUUUGGGUGAGAAAGAUAAAAACUUUAAAAUUCUGAGAAGUGUCAGGAAAGGAUAACUACCCGGGCCUUAUAGGAAAGAACAUUGUCAAAAGCUGCUAGCAAAAACUCCCUGCCGGGCUGUGGAAAUGUUGCAGAAAGUCUGCCUUUCCGAGUCUUGGCACGUGACCGGCCUUUUGCCAAACGCUCUUCAGUGUUGUCGGUAAUAAAGAGAUCGACUGAGUAAACUUCACUGGACAGAAAUUGACCUUGAGGCAGGAUUUGUUGGCUAGUCAAAGAAGCCCCUCAGGUACUACUUGUGGACAUAGUUAUCGUUGUUAUCCCUAAAUGCCACUACAUUCGCCCCCUAGAUUGAUGAACCAUUCAAAUCAGCCUACCUUUGAUGCAGAUAGUAACCAAAAAGCUUAAGCCUUUACUUCUGACCUGCCAUGAACACAUAAGGACAUAACUGUCCUCCUUCAGCCUCGGGGAGCCCAAGGCUGCCUGCCAGAGUCACUCUGCAUCAUGGAACCUUUCAUUUUCUCAGUUUUAAGAAUACCUUUUGUUCAAUCAUCAUUUUCAACUAUCUGCUUGAUUGCUUUCCCUUUAAAAGAUGGCAUUGAAAGGAAAAAAAAAAAACCACAAAUCACUCCUCAGUUCUGACCCAGCACUUACUUUAAUUUUUGUGUGUACCCUUCGGGCCCUGUCCGCCUUUAUACCUGUGGAGGUGCCUGUACCUGAAAUGGAGAGUCCCCUAACCUAUGGCUAACACUCAGGAACAUAAUACAAAUGCCACUCAGUAGAUGGCACCAGACUCCACUUUUCCAAUGAUUUUGUUUUCUCAUUUCUUACCACCACCUUGACUGCCAGAGUAAAACUGUGGAUGCUUCUGUGUAUUGUGAAGAGGAAAACCAGCUAAUUUAGCUUUCUGGUUUGGCACAUUAUUGUGUACCAAAUUGGUUAUAUUCUCUGUAAAAAUAAGAAUUAUAAUAUUGUGUUUAUUUAUUUUGGAAUUUUUCUGUUGGGAUUCAGUAAGUUAGAUAUUACUUUUAUUUAUGAGUAAAUUAUUUUUGUGUGCUAAAAAUUCAGAGGUAAAAAUAUUAAAUAGAACUAUGGCAGUAAUGUAUUGUUUAUCCUCUCAGUAUAUUGAUGGCAUUGAUUUUGAGUUUAGUUUACUGGUAUUAUGAUUCCCAUGAGCUCUGAUUAUUUUAACUCAAAUAAAAGCAUCAUAUGGGAACAUUCAAAGUUUUUAGUGCUUGUGCUCUAUCAUUGUCUGAGGAAUACCGUUGAGCCUAAACGUACUUAGUGUAUUACCUCUGUGUGCAUCCAAAUGGAAAGGUCACCAUGACGCUAUCCUGCAUUUGUGGUUUAAGCGCAGUGAGCCACAAGAACAUUGUUUUGGAUUAUGUACAAAUAUCAUUAAGAUCUAAGGAUUUUAAGUUCUCCCUUUGAUGAUACUCAUUGCUAUGAUUUUUUUUUUAUCUCUAAAGAUGCUUCCUUUAGAUAUCUGUGUGUCCUGGAGGUUCUCAUGAAGCUUGUAGUCAAUAUGACAAGUGUUUGUGACAGCAGAAGAAAUUGCACAGAGAUGUUAACACCGAGGGGCAUGCACACCCAAGACAGAGCACGUGACCAACUGAACAAAAAGGUAGAGGAAGGAAGUGGGUGGGAAGGAAAUUGGAAGAGUAGUAUCCAUGGCACUUACUUCUCAUGUAAAACGAAGCAGGUGUCUUCUUAUUUGUUUAAAAGAUAAGCAGGAAAGAGAAACUAGAGAUUGGUUACCUGCUAAGUGUAGCAAGGAGAGAGAGGGAUUAGAAAAGCGUAAGAAGAGGAUGUAACACUCCUGGCACUUCUCCAAGGACAGCCCUGUGUGUAGUUCUGAGUGUUGGAGCCCUAGUGCUGUUGUACGUAUCCAACAAAAGUAAAUACAAAAUCAAACAGGAUGGAAGAACUCAUUCUGAAAUAUAAAUAGGAACAAAUUAUAGAUUUCACAAAUGACUAACAUAACCAUACCGAAUGAGAUGGGAAAAGAGGAUCUAACACAAUUAAAUGGAAAGUAGCAUUUUGACUGGAUACUGGGGAGAAUAAAAGAUAUAGGCUGUUUUCAAGUACUGUACUGUAGUUAACAAAUUUGGCUCUCAUAAGAAUAUGGAUUAGCAAUUCAGUAACUACUUCAUGUCCACACUAGUUUUGAACACCUAUAGUAUAUAUUAAUAGCUUUUUCACGCUACAAACAAGGAAAGAGUUGACUACAGUACACAUUUCAGUGCAUGUAGAUUAGUGUACAUGUAUAGAUGUGUUAGCAAGCCUAGGAGCAGUGAUGCUCCCAGAGCAGUGAGCACAUACGGAUUCGAGAUGCCAUUCCUAUUUAUAAAAGGAAGUGAUAGAUCCAAGGGAUGGCCUGGUGUGAUGGCUAAUCCUCCCUCUUCAAGUAUUGGAAUCCCAUGUGGGCAGCAGUU